AAUUACAAUAGUGUUACUUCUUUGGUUAUCCAAUUUAAUAGGCAAUUGUUUCGGUGAUUUUUUUUUUUUUGAAACGCUGUGAUAAGUGAAAUGGUUCAUAAAUUGAUAUCAUCUUUGGCACUGUUCCUUGUAGUAUACGCUAAUCCUGAGGAUAAAAACUGGAUAUGGGGUGAUAAUAAUAGAGAAAAGGGUAGAAAUGCUGGAUUAAGAGAAGAAGCUUCGGCGAGGUAUGAAAUCUACGAAAAUGAUGAUUUAAAUUCCUAUCCAGGGAUAGGGAAUGGAUUUGGAGGUGGAUCCGGAACAGGUCAAUUUCCAGGACCAAUUCUAAAUAAGCCCGGUAAUAAUCCAAAUGGAAUCUAUAAUGUUAACAAUCAAUUAUACGGAGAAGGGCAUGGCCAAUAUUAUCCCAAUGACAGACCAGGACCAGGUAGUCUAGCAGGACCAAGUUCCUCAUUCCAAGGAGAAGGUCCCUAUAAAGAAUUCGAUCGUUGCAAAUGUACUGAAAGAUUCAAUUGUAACAGUCCAGGAAUAUCUUACGGUCAUUGUGAUGUUGGAAAACGUUAUUGUUGUUACUCUACGACCAAAAAAGGACAAGUUGGUGGACCUUUGCCUUCAAGGCCUGUUCAUUCUAUAGAAAAUGGAAUUUUAGUCGGACCUGGUGGGCCAGUUGGUGGUAACCAUUUUCAAAGACCAAUAGGAGGUGGAUUUGGGGAACACGAUAGGCCUGUAGGUGGAUUUGGAGAGCACGGUAGACCUAUAGGUGGAUUUGGACAACAAGUUAGGCCAGGAGGAUUUGGAGGACCAUUUAGACCAGAUGCCGGAGGUUUUGGAGGAAGACCAGGAUCUGGAGGUUUUGGAGGAAGACCAGGAUCUGGAGGUUUUGGUGGAAGACCAGGAUCAGGAGGAUUUGGACUUGGAGGACAAAAUUUAUAUUCCCCUAACCAAGGAAUUUUAGUUGGCCCUGGUGGACCGUCAAAUAGGCCAAAUUUUGGAUACAGUCAAGGAUUUGCAAGAUCAGCUAUUGAUAAAAAGGAUUAA